AUGUCUAUGUUCAAGGAAGAUGUGCUCUGGCUCGAGCCACUCUUCUUCGAUAGUAAUUUCACUAUGAUUGAAGCAAAAUUUGGCUAUCAAAUGACGUCCUCGUCAUCAAAUUUUUCCUCGUCCACAAUCUCUAUUUUAACCGCAACAGCAACAUCAGUUGCAGGUAAACUCUCCAAUCAAAAUCGUGCUUUUGUCCUGAAAUGGCUUGUUCGAAUCGUUGGCGGUUUGUUAAUAGUCAUCGGUGGCAUUGGCAAUACUCUAUCCGCUUUAACACUUAGUCGAAAAAAAUUACGAGCUCAAGUUACAUCAAUUUAUCUCAUCGCAUUAGCAUUAUCUGAUCUAGGUAAUGUUUUCUUUAGCGUAUUAAAUUUCUAUCUUGUUCGAUUGGAUCCUCAUCAAAAUAUGCGUUUAUAUAGCAAUCUAUCUUGUAAAGUCCAUAUAUUUUUCACUUACUAUUUUAUUAACUUAUCUCCAACAUUACUUGUCGCUGUCAGUGUUCAACGUUAUCUUGCCAUAGCUAAACAUCAUUAUUCAAAAAGGCAUUGCACUGUCAAAAAUGCGUACAUGCUUAUUGGUCUAAUCUGUUUAUUUUCCGUUAUUAUUCAAUUACAUUGGGGUAUUUUCUAUGAACUUAAAUUAGUACCUGAAAACUCGACGACAAAUUUAGUCAAUCAUACAAUAAACUUUAGAUCUAUAUGCAAUGUAUCAAAUGAAUAUCCAAAUUAUUUCUGGUUUCGUUCAAAUAUGCUUGGCUAUCUUCAAUGGUUUUUCUUUACAUUAUGUCCGUUUGUAAUAAUGUUAAUACUUAAUUCAUUGAUACUUAAAGUGAUUGCAUCGGCCCGUCGUAUUCAACAACGUAUCAAUCAAAAGAAUCAACGUAAAAAGGCUAAGCAGCGUAAUAUGACAAUUAUGCUUUUAUCUGUCUCAUGCGUGUUUAUUUUAUUAACCGCACCAGCAUCUACAUUUAUGGCAUUUGGACAUCUAUUUAAUAAUUUACAUGGUCCUAAUUCGCAAUCCUUAUGGAUUAUGUUUUCACUCAUUUAUUAUGCAAAUACGGCUGCAAAUUUUCUGCUCUAUUUUUUAACAGCUGACGUUUUUCGACAAGAACUACGUGUGAUGAUUCUAUCAUUACCGGGGUGUUCGAAAUUUUUACCAGCUUGUUCAAAAUUCUUUCCAGAAUGCUGUCGAAACGAUGGAGAAAAUGCAGUUGCUGUUGCUACCGCUGCUGUCGGCAACAAUGCUGGAGCGGGUGGAACAGGACUACUUGCAACGACGAUGGCAGUGAAAACUCAACUGACUAUUUCUCCUUUACUUGAACCAACGACUUCUUUUAAUAAUGAGAACUCAUAUAGAACUCUACAAAAAUAA